UUGGGGACUGAACCGCUCACUUGAAUCAUGUGAGGGCUGCACUUUAAACCUCUGCAGGGAUGAAGCGGGGGAGCAAAAACAUAAGUAUGAUGUGGUAAGAAAUUGAAUUAAAUUAUACUACAACUCUACAGCUAGAAGAAUUAAUGGAGGUUCGGGAAUUAUCAUCAAGCAGAGGGCUUUUGCUACUCUUUGCAUUGCUUUGUGGAGUCAGACGGUUUACCAAAGCAAAUCCAACUGCCCCUUGCGAAUGGGCUGCUACCCACCUUGGGUAUGAUCCUCUGGCUUUUACCUGCACUGGUCUGGGCCUGAAAAUUAUACCUUCAGAAUCGUCCACUCACGCUCUCGCUCUCGACUUGAGCUUCAGCGGCAUCCGAAGGUUUGACUUCACCCGUGUACCACCAAUAGCCAAAGUGAAUCUGAGCCACAGCUGUAUCGCUGAGGUCCAAAAGACUGCCUUUGCUGGGUUCUCGGACCUGGAGGAGUUGGACUUGAGCAACAACUGUCUCCAAAUCAUAAGAGAUGGGACACUUAAAGGGCUCGGACGACUGAAGACUUUGGAUCUCAGACACAACCGGAUAUCAGAGGUUCACUGGAAUGCAUUCACUGGCUUAGAUGCAGUGCAGACAGUUUGGCUGCAGAACAACAAACUCGACACCAUCCCGGAAGCGAUAAGUGGACUCGCAGACCUUCGUGUGCUCUCCCUGGCAAACAACCAGAUCUCCAGGGUGGAUUCAAGGAGUUUCCACGGUUGCCGAAGUCUGACUGCACUGCAUCUACAACACAACAGAAUUUCUGCACUUUCUGUGGAUGCAUUCAGGGACCUCAUGAAACUGCAGAUGCUGAACCUGGGUACUAAUCUGCUGGAGACAAUCCCUGGUUCCACCCUCGAAUCCCUGUGGGGACAGGGCACGGACAUACGUUUCUACGGCAACCCAUGGAGGUGUGACUGCGGUCUGACAGAGCUGCGAGUUCGGGCACCCACCUGGCUGACGGGCAGAGUUUGGUGUCAUGGGGGCCCCCUGCACGGUGUUCCCUUGUCCUCUCUCGGUUUGGGGCAGCUGGUGUGCAAGAGGACAUUGAGGGUCUCCCAAACCCUGACAGCCAACAUCAUGGAGGACAGGGGCCUGAGGAUACCGUGUGGAAAUGGGAGCGAAAGAGGGGAGGCGCAGUACUGGCAUACUCCAUUUGGACGGUUGGAGAACAGCAGUGUUCAGAGCAGCGGGGAGCCAGUGGCGAUGCUGAGAGAUGGCAGUAUAAAGAUCACCAGCGCAACCCGUUACCACACUGGCCUGUACUACUGCCUCUGGGCGGCUAGAGACGGCAGGGUCAUCCUCCCCUACAGGGUGGAGUACACGCACAGCGCCGUAUCUGGUGGGCCAAGACCGAGGAAGACCAGGGAAGCCGAAGGGUACCAGGAAACCGUGUCUGCCGAUCACUUCGUUGCCGCGGUGGCGAGCGGCGCGGUGGUCGCCUUCCUGGUGGGGUUCGCUCUUGGCGCCUUCAGCAGGACCUACCUGAGCCGGGGCUUCCACAGGCUGACCCGACGGCAACGGCAGGACAGCGGCGGGGUCCACAUGGGCACGUUGCCAUGGCAGUACGAGAACGAGACCUUCCGGAAAGACGGAGGGCCCAAGGACACGUCGUCGUCCGAAGGCACCCCCUCCGUAACCUCGCCCCCGGAGGCAAACGCCAGCCUGGGCGCCGCCUACCUGGAGGGCAGCGACAGCGGCAGGGAGAGCCAGGGGGGGGAGGAGGCCCAAACCGGAGAGGCUGGCAGCGGAGGCGCCCGCGAGCAGGGGGGACAGGACCGGGGCGGGUCUGCCGAGACGGACCCCGGCAGCGAGCGAGGAGUCAGGCCGUCCAAGCGCAGGGUGAUCAAGGUCUACAACUACGACGAGGAGGGCAACAAGUACGGCCACGUCCGGGACUCGGGGGACGAGGGCGCGCCCGGGAUGAAGCACAGGACUCUGUCUCUCACGCGACUCAGCACCAUCAUGGCCGCCGCCACCGGGCCGGCAUUCAGCAGAGAGUCACCGCAGGGGGACACGGAGGAACAGACCGACCCUGGUGACGGCAGACCGGUCUUUAACCUAUCCAUCUGAGUCACUUCACUACUGCUGCUCAGACAUGAAUUAAAGAUAAUGACCAAUGCAGGAGAGCAUAAAUGUUGGAAUAUGUCACUUCCAUAUACCUCCAGUAGAUGGUGCAAUAAAACUUUGCAAUAAAAGCUGGAAAUUACACUGAACAAA